AAUACAGUCUAUCGACUGAACAACGUACGAGCCAUGCAGCCGAUGGCUGCGCUAAAUCACACGCGAAAGAGUCUUUUGAAAUUUCAAGAGAAACUUGGAAUAGAACCAGUUAACCUUGAAGAAACGCGAUGGAAUUUUUGGGGAGCCGUCUUCUACUGUAUGACUGUCUAUACUACGAUUGGUAAGGAUGAGAUCAAGAAGUCUGUAGUGCCACAUCUAUGGGGUUUCGAGUGUAGUUAUAGCAGUCAGGUUGAUACCGCCCACAAGAAGUGGUAA